UCUGAAUCACCCUGUAUAUCUCAUUUAUAUUAAUAAUCAGGUAACGAUCUUAAUUAGACAUACAUUAAGUUGCUUAACGUUUACAAAUUAUUUCUUAUUAUGCGCUACCAUUUAUAAUAUGUUAACCACUCUCACAUAAUAAUUCCUUUAAGAGCUUUUUAUACCAUUCACAUGUUACAUAUAAUACUAUUACUAUACAGGGUGAUUCAAAAGGUAAGGUCAAUCGGCGAGGAGGUGGUUCAGGGCGAUGUUAAGAGUAGAAAAGUCCUUUGCCAUUUUUUUUUAUUGCAACCGUUUCACAGUUACAACAGGUCAAACAUUUAAUUUACAAUUCAGGAGAUGUACUUGCUUACGAUCGUGAAAAUAACACGCAAGCAUGCCCUUGGCGAAUGUAAACAAUGUAAAACAAGGUAAACAAGGUUGUCAAUGCUCUACGAACUGUAGUUCAGUUUCAACAGAAUAGCUCAAGAAAGUAGAUCGAAAUGUUUAGUAACGCGGAGUAUCGGGACAUGCAUUAUGUUUAUGGAUUCUGUGAUGGUAAUGCUGCAGAGGCCGAGAGAGAAUACGCGAUACGAUUUCCACAGCGAAAACAUCCUAGACGACGCGUGUUUGAAGCCAUACACGGAAGGCUGGGAGAGACAGGCAUACUACAACAACAUCAUCGUGGUCGUCCUAGGGGUAAUGUGCAGCAAGAGAUCGAAGUUCUUGAUAUUGUGCAUGCAGAGCCGUCAAUUAGUACUCGACAAAUUGCACGUCGCAUAGGUAUGCCACAAUCAUCAGUGUGGCGUGUACUGCAUGAUCAAGGACUACAUCCUUUCCACGUACGUCCUGUGCAAGAGCUCACACCAAAAGACCAUGGAUGCCGUCGGGAGUAUUGUCGAUGGCUUCUACACAAAACUGUUGACGAUCCAGACUUCCUAAACCAUGUUUUAUGGACUGAUGAGGCGGAUUUCACACGAGACGGCAUUAUGAACCUACAUAAUUUGCAUGUAUGGUCGGAUCAGAAUCCUCGUGCUACACGAAUCUCCUCAUAUCAGCACCAAUUUAAUGUCAAUGUCUGGGCUGGAAUAGUUGGUGGCAGUUUAAUUGGUCCAUACGUGCUGCCAGACAGAAUAGGAGGCGCACAGUAUCUCCAGUUCCUUCAGGACACUCUGCACACAUUGCUGGAAGAUGUACCUCUCAAUACGCGUCAGCACAUGUGGUAUCAGCAGGAUGGCGCGCCGGCACAUUUCGCACUCCCUGUGCGUCGGUGGUUGGAUGAACACUAUCCGGGUCGAUGGAUAGGGAGGAGAGGUCCUGUGGCGUGGCCGGCACGGUCCCCUGAUUUAACACCUCUGGACUUCUUUUUAUGGGGCUAUAUGAAAGAUAGGGUGUACGCUACAGAGAUUACAUGCAGAGAUAUUCUACUACAACGAAUUGAUGCAGCUGCAGCAGACAUCAGACAACAAAACGGACUGUUGGAUAGUGUGCACAACGCUAUUAGAGAACGCGCCCGGGCAUGCUUGCGUGCAAGAGGAGAACAUUUCGAGCAACUGCUCCAAUAAAGGGUACUGAAGGUCAAUUAUUAUUACUAUUACUAAUAUUAUUAUUAUUUUCAUGAUCGUAAGCAAGUACAUCUCCUGAAUUGUGAAUUAAAUGUUUGACCUGUUGUAACUGUGAAACGGUUGCAAAUAAAAAAAAUGGCAAAGGA